CCUCCCGACGCCCACUUGCCGGCUUCUCCUGCUCCACCUUUCUCGAGAAGCGGCCGCGAACUCUGCCUCUAGCCUGCCGGGUGGAUCGAAGCGACGGUCGGGAUGGUACUGCUGGGCUUGCUGCAGUCUGGCGGCUCGGUGCUCGGGCAGGCGAUGGAGCAGGUGACGGGAGGCAACCUGCUUUCCACGCUGCUCAUCGCCUGCGCCUUCACGCUCAGCCUGGUCUACCUGUUCCGCCUUGCAGUGGGCCACAUGGUCCAGCUGCCUGCUGGAGCGAAAAGUCCACCGUAUAUUUACUCUCCAAUUCCAUUCCUUGGUCACGCAAUAGCAUUUGGGAGAAGUCCGAUUGAGUUCCUGGAAAAUGCAUAUGAGAAGUAUGGACCUGUGUUUAGCUUUACCAUGGUGGGCAAGACUUUCACUUACCUUUUGGGGAGUGACGCAGCUGCGCUGCUCUUCAACAGUAAAAACGAAGACCUGAAUGCAGAAGACGUCUACGGUCGACUGACGACGCCUGUGUUUGGGAAGGGAGUUGCAUAUGAUGUGCCAAACGCAGUUUUCCUGGAGCAGAAGAAAAUGUUAAAAAGUGGCCUUAACAUAGCCCACUUUAAGCAGUAUGUUCCUAUCAUUGAAAAGGAAGCAAAGGAAUACUUCCAAAGUUGGGGAGAAAGCGGAGAAAGAAAUGUGUUCGAAGCGCUGUCUGAGCUCAUAAUUCUAACAGCUAGCCAUUGUUUACACGGAAAAGAAAUUAGAAGUCAACUCAACGAGAAGGUGGCUCAGCUGUACGCAGACCUGGACGGAGGUUUUAGCCACGCUGCCUGGCUCUUGCCAGGUUGGCUGCCUCUGCCAAGUUUCAGACGCAGGGAUAGAGCCCAUCGAGAGAUCAAGAAUAUUUUCUAUAAGGCCAUCCAGAAACGCAGGCUGUCAGGAGAACCAGCUGAGGACAUUCUUCAAACUUUACUAGAUUCUACAUACAAGGACGGCCGUCCUCUGACAGAUGACGAGAUAGCGGGAAUGCUCAUCGGACUUCUGCUGGCCGGACAGCACACGUCCUCCACCACCAGUGCCUGGAUGGGCUUCUUUCUGGCCAGAGAUAAACCACUUCAAGACAAAUGCUACUUAGAACAGAAAGCAGUGUGUGGCGAGAAUCUGCCUCCCUUAACUUAUGAGCAGUUGAAGGAUCUGAAUUUACUUGAUAGAUGCAUAAAAGAGACACUAAGACUGAGGCCUCCUAUAAUGACCAUGAUGAGAAUGGCCAAGACCCCUCAGACUGUGGCAGGGUACACCAUUCCUCCAGGACACCAGGUGUGUGUUUCUCCUACUGUCAAUCAAAGACUGAAAGACUCCUGGGUAGAACGCUUGGACUUUAAUCCUGACCGCUACUUACAGGAUAACCCAGCAUCAGGAGAGAAGUUUGCCUAUGUGCCAUUUGGAGCUGGGCGUCAUCGUUGUAUUGGAGAGAAUUUUGCAUAUGUUCAAAUUAAGACAAUUUGGUCCACUAUGCUUCGUUUAUAUGAAUUUGACCUCAUCAAUGGAUAUUUUCCCAGUGUGAAUUAUACAACAAUGAUUCACACCCCAGAAAACCCAGUAAUCCGUUACAGACGAAGAUCAAAAUGAAAAAAAGAACAAGGAGCCAGUGUGGAGACCUGACUGCAGGCUGCAGCCUGGCCGAGAAUGAAGCCUCUGAGACAGCUUUCAUACUGUACUGGUUUUUAAGUGUUCUGAAAGCCAGCUUAUGAUUUUAAUGUUUUAUUAACUCGGUGAUUUUCUGUCAGACCUAAUGGCAUUUGAAACAGUUUAUAAUAGUUUUGAUAGGAUUUCAGGGAAGCCAGGCUUAUGUUAGAAAUCGUUUAGGGGAGUCUCAGUAUUCAGCUGAUGAUACAGAAUGCAACAUCCAGGUAACUACUAACUUCAUAAGCACACAGUGCCACAGGGAGGACUAGAACAGGCUUUGGAAGUUUCAAAGCCUAGUCAAAUUCUACAAAGGCAAUGGAUUAUUUGUGUAGUUGGGCCAUUUCUGUGCGUAAAGAUGUGAGAGGGUAAAGGUUAGGUUCACUGCGAAGCUUUAGGUAGAAGCAAACACUAUUUAGAUGGUGUGAUGUGUCCUUUGGAAUGUUAACUGGAAGCACUGCUCCAGGAAAUUGCCAGCAAUCUUGGACCUUGAUAACCUUAUUUCGUAAAUAUAAUAAAUACUAAAGAGUGCUUAGGUAUGUUACUGGUUCCAGAUGGUCACAUUUUUGUGAAAAUACAAAAUCAAAUCCUUAUGGGAUUUUUUUAUUUUAAUUUUGCUCAAGCUUUUUUUUAACAGUUAGGGAAGUUUCAUUUGCCAGACUUUUAAAAGUGUAUGAUUUUUUUUUUUUUUUGAGAUAGUGGAGUGAAAGAUGGUAUCAUUGCCCAGAUUCUGUGGAGGCUGUGCUCAGGAGCCAACCUAACACAUUGUAACCGGGGGCCCAACUCUGUGACAUGCCCAUCAUCUGUAUUAGGAGUCAAGGUAGCUCUGUUGCUAGGUGUGGUCCUGCACACCUGUAAUGCUAGUACUCAGGGGCUCAGGCAGGGGGAUUGAGAGUUUGAGGCCAACCCAGGCUACAUAGCAAGACUAACACCCUCCCCAAAAUAAAACCUUUUUUUCUUCUAAAGUAUGUAUACUGGCUGGUCUUAUGUGACAACAUGACACAAGCAAGGGCCAUCAGAGAGAAAAGGCGCCUCAGUUGAGGAAAUGCCUCCAUGAGAUCCAGCUGUAAGGCAUUUUCUUAGUAAUCAAUGGGAGAGGGCCCAGCCCACUGUGGGUGGUUCCAUCCCUAGGCUGAUGUCCCUGGGUCCUAAGAAAGCAGGCUGACCAAGACAUGAGGAACAAGACAGUAAGCAGGGCUCCUUCAUGGUCUCUGCAUCAGCUCCUGCCUCCAGGUUCCUGAAGGCUUGAGUUCCUGUCCUGACUUCCUUUGAUGGUAAACAGCAGUAUGGAAGUGUGAGCCAAACAACCCACCCUCACCCUCCCAACCUGCUUUUUGGUAGUGGUGUUUCUUUGUAGCAAUAGUGUUACAGUUUUAAGAGGCUUUUGAAGACGCUUUGAAUGAAGGCCUAAAUCUCUGCUGUUAAAGGCUUCACGUUAAAAUUCUCUAUGAGAAAAUUUCUACUGGUCUCUAUUGCUGGGUUUGAAGUUGUGCUUCAGUAAGUACACUUCAAGAGAUCUUGAAAUUUGGAAACUUACAUCCUACUUGCCUGAAAUAGGGACCCUUUAGUUAUUGAGUUAUUUAGGUAAGUCACUCUCGUGAUCAGUGCCCCAUGAGAAAUUGGGUAUUUUCACAACAAAUUACAAAUGUUGCUCACCUCUCAAAGUAUGCUUGUCUCUCCUUUUACUGUAUGGUUAUGAAACUUUUAUGUUAUAGAUGUUACAUUUGGUGUGUUAAGAUUAUAGCCUUGAUUAAAGUUUGAUGAUUGUUUCUAUGUAACAGAUUUUCUUUGCCAGUGUAGAUGUUUUGUCUUUAUUAUUCAGAGAAGGGUUCUAGACUUUGAUCAGGUUGGUACAGAGUCCUGACUUGAGUAAGGCUGUCCUGUUUACUGACUAGUUUUAAACUUUGACAUAUUUUUGAGCUGAUACUUAAAAGGGCUCAAGCACUAGAAUUCAACAGAUUGAGAUACUGAUCACAGAUCAGUUAUUAAGUUACUGUGAGCAACACAGCAGAGGCCUAGGGCCAUAGGAUGGUUGAUAGUCCAUCCAGCAGUGGGGUGGACUCGGCUGGCAAGCAAUUUUCCAUCUACUUUUCCCCUACAGAACUGUCUUGACUUGGCACCUGUAUUACUUUUAAAAAGGUUUUUAUGCACAACUUUGCUGUUCAGCUAGUUGCUUUAGAAUAGCUUUGCUAUUUCUAGAAAGCUUAGUUGAAAUACAGGAAAUUAGAAAUUCCCAGCAAUGUACAGCUUUGUGGUUGUCUUCAUGUAGCUCAAAGAUCAUUAACAGUUAAACACUCUUUUCCAGAUGUAAACAAUACCACUGCCAUUUUAGUCAAUGCAGUGCUAGUCAGGAGCCCUCUGGAGAACUGUAUUCUCUCUGAGACUGUUCCAAUGAAAAUUUGGCUGACUUAGCAGGAUGCUUCCUGAAUUUUGCUACACUUUAUUUUUUUUUUAAGUUUUUUCGAGACAGGGUUUCUCUGUGUAGCCCUGGCUGUCCUGGAACCCACUCUGUAGACCAGGCUGGCCUCGAACUCAGAAAUCUGCCUGCCUCUGCCUCCCAAGUGCUGUGAUUAAAGGCGUGUGCCACCACCGCCCGGCUUUGCUACACUCUUAUGGAUACAAUUUAAUAUUCUUUGAGAGCUGAUUUCUGUGUCUAGAUUUGUAAGUCUCUUUGGACAUAAGAACACUAAAUGUAAUAAAACUGGACUAAUCAUAAA